AUGACUCGUACAGCUGAGUAUAAACGACAUCUCCGUUCCAACACUUUCGACAUUGAAAAGGCUUCGAUCAUUUUUCUUGAAGGACAUGUGAAAUAUCUUCAACGUAAAUAUAGACGUCAAGAAAUAAAAAUUAAUGAACUUGAAUCACGUCUAAAAGAUCUCGAAAAACUCAAAGAAGAUGUUAGAAAACUUAAAAACCAAAUUGAUAGUUUAUUAAACGUAAAUGAGGUGUUAAGAAAUAAAAGUGCUGAUUUAAGUAGUGUAAUAGAUUACGGAUUUAACUUGAUAGCAAAUUCUGUAAAAAAUGCAGAACUAACGAUUUUUUUUCGAAAAAUAAAAAAGUUAUUUGAAACAUACAAAAAUAAAUACAAUGAAAACCAAAAUGAAUACGAAAUAGCUGAAAUUUGUUUGUAUUUAACUCCAAAAGAUUUAUUUUCUUUGACACAAGUUAAAAAAUUGUUAUUUGGAAAAUUACAAGAUGAAUAUUAUUGGAAGAUAUCUAGACAACAACAACCAAAUUAUAAUCACAAAUGUCCUAUUCAUAUAACCGAACAGCAAUAUUGUUUCUUAAACUUUAUGUGUCAAAGAUGCCAAUUUUGCAGGCAUUCUGAUUUUUCUUUAAUCCUUGAACUGAAAACCAAGAUUUGUUCUGAUCGUUUUGAAAUUGAGGAAGAAAAUCGUAUUCCAUCUGAACUCUUUCCGGCAUUCCAUUUAGUUGAUGACGCACAGCUUGAUGGAAGAUACUUAGAUUAUUCUGUGCAUGAAUUUUCAGUGUCAUCUAGUUUAGUUCAUUAUUUGAAAAGUGAAGUCUACGAUACCUUUGACGAGUAUCUUAAAAUUCCUCAAAACGAGAAGCAAGAAUGGUUAAAUAAGAAGUCAAGGGUCGUUAAUGAAUAUUACAAUGAUGUUUUAAGGAUAAAGCAUCCAAAUAUAACAAAUUAA